UUACUCGGGUCCCUUUUCUUUCUCCCUCCCUCUGUCACUCUCACUCAGUGCCGAGUGAGACAACACCAUGUCUGCCUGACUGCAGCGUUUCAUAGAACCUGCAGGAAAGCCUAUCUACCUAGAAAUUUAAGAUCUGUAACAAGAAAAAUAAACAGUUGAAGAAACGUGACAAAGAAAAAGGAGAAGAAAACAAGCUCAUUCGCUGGACCGAAGGGAGACCACAACAGGAUUUUCUCAGUGUCUCCAUCUGCACAGGUAAGGUUGGUCUGCAGAGACAUGGAUAUUUUCAUGGAUUUGAGUGUCACCGGAAACACCAGCCACGAAACAGGAGAAGAAAGACUAGAAGUGUAUAAAAGCAAAGAGCUAAACCACAGCGACCCCCUGGACAUGUUUGUAGGCAUGGAGCUUCUUCUACGUUUCAGACCUCUCUUCCUACCUCUCUACGGCCUUGUAGUGGCCGUGGCUGGUGUUGGGAACUCCAUCCUGUUGGCUUGCAUCUUGGCUGACAAGAAGCUCCACAAUGCCACCAACUUUUUCAUCGGUAACUUGGCAGCAGGAGACCUGCUGAUGUGCUUGAGCUGUGUUCCACUGACUGUGUCUUAUGCCUUCGACAGCCGUGGCUGGGCUUUUGGGAGACCCCUGUGCCACCUGGUCCCCUUGCUGCAAUGUGCCACGGUGUUUGCAUCAGCACUUUCGCUCACUGCCAUCGCUGUUGACCGCUAUGUUGUUGUAGCACACCCAGUACGGAGGAGGAUUUCUGUGUGGGGGUGUGGUGCAGUGACUCUGGGUGUAUGGCUUUUGUCUCUGGCCCUGGCGGCGCCUCCGUCUCUCUACACACGCUACCUGGACCUGCGACCGAGUGGAAUCGACUUGGUAGUGUGUGAGGAAUUCUGGCCAAACAGUGGCAAUCUGCGGCUGCUCUAUUCCUGCUUCAUUCUCAUAGCCUCCUAUAUGAUCCCGCUGCUGUCAGUCAGUGUAUCCUACUGUGCCAUCACUAUCAGCCUAAAACGCUAUUCAAUACCUGGGGAGCCAUCUAACAGCCAACAGCGCUGGAGCCAAAGGAGGAGGAAGACCUUUUCUUUGCUGGUGGCCUCAGUGCUGGCCUUCGCCCUGUGUUGGCUGCCUGUACAGGUCUUGAACCUGUUGCUGGACCUGGACCCAGACUUCCACAUCAUAGGGAAACGCUACAUAAACGUCCUACAAAUCUGCUGCCAUUUAGUAGCUAUGAGCUCUGCGUGUUACAACCCAUUCAUCUACGCCUCACUGCACAGCAAGGUGCGCAUGCACCUGAAAGGCUACCUCUGUCCUUGCCGCAAACAUCACAGGGCAAUGGUGGAGAGAGGCACGUCCGGGAGCUGAUUUCGAGCCGUGCCUGCUGCGAUCCUUCUACUUUAGCAGCUCCAGGCAUGAAGAGUCCCAUCCUGCACCCUUAACAUGGAUGUUAAUAAAAACACGACAGCUUCUCAACAUACAUUUAAACCAACGUCCUCCAAUUUCCUGUGUGACUUCAAGACAUUCAGCCCUCUCUUGUACAGUGUCACCAGAGGUAGGUCUAAAUAAUGUCAUCUAAUACUACCAGGUAAAGAUGCAGAUCAAGUCCAGACUGCAGACUGUUUAUUUCUAUGGUGAGGAAGAUUAAGCCAUCCUUCGGGAUCCCUGUGCUUUUCUUGGAAGGCCGAGCUGCUGGUGUCGACAAUAAGCAGAUCCUGCAGCUUUAAGAAGGCCAGCUGCAGCCUGAACAGACUCUUUGGCUCAGGGGCUCUGUAGUAGACUUAAGAUGGAUGCUGACACCAGGGAUGGUUACAAUAGUUACAGGGCCUGGUUAUAGUUCAACAGUGAACGCUUGACUUCAGGGAGCUGACCAAACAAUGAACUCUUCUCAGCAGACAUGGAUUAUGGAAAAAGAAGAGAAUAAAAAAACAGAAUGGAUUUGUUUUUUUAUUUUGCUCCUGGUACUAAAUGUGUGUGCUUGAUAAUCUUCUUCUUAUAUCCUCUAUCAAUUGUCUGUCUCUCUUGUACAACAUAUCACCUUCAAUAUAUUACAUUUGCUAUAUUAAAAUACACAUGCUAUACCUGCUA